UGUAAUAAUGAGCUUCCGUUCUUUCUUGUUUCAAGAAAGAAUAGAGCAGCUACAGCUUCUUCGGUGUCAAACCCUUGAUUAUCAUUGGCUUCAAUGGCAGCUUGAUAUCUAAUUCCUUGAGUAAAUCUCAAUGUGGAGAAAAAGAGACAGUGUGUUGGUUGAUUUAUACAAGGCUCAUUCACAAGAAGAGCCACCUUUACAUAGCAAUCGCUGUUCUGGCAGUUGCUACAACCCUUCUUAUUUGCCUCAACCACCACCUUUAACAAAGACUACAAAAAAUCCUCGGUCAAUAUACCCAGGAAGUGAUUUUGAUGUAUUUGGAAAAGAUAAAUCACCACAAACAUUUACAGAAAUAUACUCUAUUGAACCUUUCAUUUCAAAACAACUAACAAGUUGUCCUCAAAAAGAAGAAAUAGUGAUAGCGCAUGGUUUUAAAAGAGGACAACUAGAGGCACUUUUAGAUAGUACAGCCAUUAUUAAAAAACGAAAAGUGAACGCAGACAUGAUGACUCAUAACACCCAAAGUGUGUUCUUCAAGUCAACAGCAGCAUACAACACACCGUCAAACAUCUUUAUGACACAUAAUAAUGAGCACUGGGAGGAUUCCAUCGAUUUGGAGUACUGUUGAUAACUUUUAUGUCUUGUAAAUACAAUAGGUUCACUACAAACUCCAGUUGGAAAUAAAUGAAAUGCUUUCUACAGCAUGAUGUAUGUUGUAGGGAGAGGGGGGGAUGCUCUUCAAUAUUCAAACAAUAAGGG